AUUAUCAUAAAUGUGAUAACGUGUUCACUCACUGAAAAUGUUAAAUAUAUUUCAAAAUGUUAGUCUAAUAUAUUAAUACUUUAUUUUAUUUAAGUAAUAAAUACAAUUAGAAAUGAAGAUGCUGAAUUUGAAGGUGUGUCAAACAUGCAUAACAUCAUAUUUACUGAAAUCUAUCAAGUUACAGUAUAUGUCUUCUAUUGUUUCUAACUCAAAUGUAACACAUAUAUCUGAACAUACCUCACAGAUUGCCAAAAAGUUGAAUUUAAAUGACGAAAAACUAGCUUACAUUAUUAAUAAUCAUCAAGAAAAAUUGAGACUUUAUCCUGUAUCUCGUUGGGUUGAAAUAUUUGAUUAUUUAAGUCAAUAUGAUUUUAAAAAACCUGAUCUUUUAGACAUGGUCAAUUCUCAACCUGAUUUAAUGAAUGUUAAUCGAAGUGAAUUACAUGAGUGUAUGUUUGCUUGGACUAAUUGUCAUUUUGAUGAUAAAAAAUUAAGACAACUAUUAGUAAAUCAACCAUCUUGUUUAUUACUUAAUCGUAAACAAAUAUUAUCAAGAAUUCCUAAACUUUUACCCUAUGUUGGUAAUAAACAUAAUAGACUCUUAGAAUUAUUAUCAUAUUCUCCUAAUAUCAUGUUUGAUAACUGGAAACAAAUAGAAGAUAAACUAAAUUACCUAUUAUUCAAUAUGGAAUUAGGUCCUAGUCAAUUUGUUACCACUCAUGUUAUGUCAGAAUCAUUUUUUGAUUUAAAAUGUAGACAUAAUUUUUUACUUAGGCUCGGCUUAUGGAAACACCGAGAUCCAAAAGAUAAUGCUAAUCACGUUACUGGUAAUCCAUCAUUAAUGAAAAUAAUUGAAACAAGUGAUAGUGAUUUUGCUGUGAAAGUUGCUAAAGUAUCUUUUGAAGAAUUCAUUGUGUUUAAACAGUUAUAUCAAAAGGAACUUAAAGAUAAUCAAAACUAUAUUCAGUCCGAUGACGAAGAAGAGUAAUUUAUCUAGAUUACAGUGAUUCUGUAAUUUAAGGGCUUGUGAAAUCAUUAAACUUUAAAUAACUAAAUAUUUCAAAUUGUUUUAUAUAUUUAAGUAUUACUUUUUAAUUGUAUAAUAGCUAUUGCUUUUGUAUAAAACUAAUCCAUACCAUUUUAAAAUAAAAAAACUUAAUAGUAAAAUAA